AUGGCAUCGGACCCGAUCACACUACUCAAGAACAUCGCCAACGCCGACAUCCUGACCUCCAUGCUUGAAUCACCGGAGAUCUUUAACUCUGUGUGCCGCUUCUUCCGCUCUUCUGUUGAUGUGGACCUACGAGCCCGCGUCGCGUCUGCUGCUGUGUCCGCCCUUCGCCGUGUCCUGACUCCCGCACAGGGUUCCCGACCGUCAGAGAUUCUCGUACAAGCCACUCCGUUCUACUGGACGAGCCCUUACCCA